AUGUUUAAUUUAUUUUGUAAUAUUUGUAGCAAGUAUGGAUUGAAUUGGAAAUCAAAUCUAAUAGCUCAAUCAUAUGAUGGUGCAGCAUCAAUGCAGGGGCAUUGUUCUGGUGUUCGCACAUUGGUACAACAACAAAAUCCAAGAGCAAUAUAUGUAUGGUGUUUUUCUCACGUAUUGAAUUUAGUCGUUGUUGAUACGUGUGAUAGUUGUAGAGAAACACGUAAUUUUUUUGUAAUUAUUCAAUCUUUAAAAGAAUUUAUGAGAGCUCGUAAACGUACUACCCUUUUUUUAGAGCAUCAAAAAAAGUUUUACCCUGUUAAAAGACCUUUAAGAAUGAAAACAUCUUCCACCACCCGCUGGACUUCUCAUCAUAGGCACUGUUUGUAA